AUGGCCCCAGCAGCUCCCGCAAAUGUCCUCGAUCCGCUUCUUCAAGACCUUGGAGCCCAACAAACCGAAAGCCAACUCAGUCAAACCGCCGAGAGCCAACCUAGCCAAACUGCAGACGACGUUGGAACCAAACGGUCGGCCAGUUAUUCAGAGAGCAAAGAUGUCCAGCUUUGUCGAUCGUGGAUCGCUAUAUCGGAGGAUCCUUUGAUCAGAACUAAUCAGGAUGGUGCGACCUUUUGGAAACGAGUGCACCAAUCCUUCUCGAAAGACCUCCCAGAUUCUCGUCGAACACCCGGUAGUUUGAAGGCCCAUUGGGGCGCAUUGCAGAAAGUCGUCAGCAAGUUCCGAGGUUUUGUUAACCAGGUCGAUCAAUUUGGCGAAAGCGGUGCAUCGGCCAAAGAUUGUCUAAACCGCGCGCUUGAACUCUUCUCCACUGACCAGAAAUGUUCUUUCAAGUACCUUUGCUGCUACAACAUCCUCGUGAAGAUCCCGAAAUGGAACAGCUAUACCGAUGAGAACGCCAGAAAGAAUCGACCACCGGCUCAAAAGAAACGAGCUAGGAGCCCGAGUAGUGACGCCCCUGCCUCAACCGCUUUUACCUCGGAACCAGCUUCAGAUGCUGAAGCCGACACCACCGAUACCUCUUCUGCUCAACGUCCCAUUGGCAAGAAGAAGGCAAAACUGAUCCAUGAACUCUCGGCGAAAGAUGACGGUUGGAAGGGAAUGAUUGCGCGCGCUCACGAGUCGGUCGCAAAGGAAUCAAAACGCCAGAAUGACAUUUUCGAUAUGGAAGCAAAAUCCUUGGGUGAGAUGGCUCAGACCGGUAAAACCAACACCCAAGUCUCCAUCAUGGACAAGGAUCUAUCCAACCUUGAUGAAGAUUCCAAAGAAUAUUUUAGAUUAAAAAAAAAAGAAAUCUUAGCAUCUCUUCGAUCCAACCCCUCUUCUUCCUCAUCUUAG